AUGAGCCUGCCUCUCGCCUUCAACACGAGCACGAGUGAGCGCAAGAUCGUUGGCCGCGCCUUCUUCGCCACCGUACCGUCGACGCGCAGCCGCGUCGUCGCCCGCGCCGAGGUUGCGAUGCUGCGAACGCCCGCUGCGCUUCCCGAUGCCACCGUCACGCUACACAAGCACGAGAACGCCCACAACAACGGAUGGACCCAUAGCGUCUCCGUGACCGGCGUGCUCUGCUUUGGGAUCGAUGGAACGAUCAGCUGGCCCAAGGACAACUGCUCGGGAAGCUGA